AUGAAAGUGAUUUUGGUACUAUCCGCCCUUCUUGUUGUGGCUUUUGCAGCUCCAAAGGCAAAGGAAGUUAAAGUUACAGUAUUUUAUGCAUCGCUAUGUCCAGGCAGCAUUAAGUAUUUGGUCGAACAAGCCAUUCCAGGUUUUAAGAAACUCCAAAAUAUCAAGUUGGAUCUAGUUCCAUUUGGACGGACUAUAGUCUAUAAUAUAUAUAUAUAUAUACACAGUCAAUCUGUAAACAGAAAAUUCGUUUGUCAUGGUGAGGAUGAAUGUAAAGGAAACCGUUACCACAGUCAAUCUGUAAACAGAAAAUUCCUUUGUCAUGGUGAGGAUGAAUGUAAAGGAAACCGUUACCAUGGGUGCGUUUUGGACUUAAAUCCAAUUGAUAAAGCUACAUCUUAUAUUGCUUGUGAUUUGGCUGCUGAUAAUCCCUCAGAUGAUAAAACAUUACAAAAGGCAAAGGAAGUUAAAGUUACAGUAUUUUAUAAAUCGCUAUGUCCAGGCAGCAUUAAGUAUUUGGUCGAACAAGCCAUUCCAGGUUUUAAGAAACUCAGCCAAAAUAUCAAGUUGGAUCUAGUUCCAUUUGGACGGACUGUAGUAUUCAGGAUAUCUGGAACCAGAAAAUUCUAUUGUGUACAUGGUAGGGAUGAAUGUAAAGGAAACCGUUACCAUGGGUGCGUUUUGGACUUAAAUCCAAUUGAUAAAGCUACAUCUUAUAUUGCUUGUGAUUUGGCUGCUGAUAAUCCCUCAGAUGAUAAGACAUUACAAAAGUGCGCAAACGAGACAGACAUAUCCUGGACCAACCUUAAAAAAUGCGUGGAAGGCGAAAAAGGGGACGAAAUAAUGGCUAAAUAUAACGAAAGAGCUUACAACGUUACAAACCCACCAACAACUUUUUUUAACGACGUUUAUAAUAAAGAUUUAAGUGAAGAACCUCGCGCUUCUUUUGUCACAACAGUCUGUAGUUUUCUUGACAACGAGCCUGCAGCAUGUAAAAAAUAAUUUUUAAGUUGUGAAUAAAUUGUUUUGCACUGUUAUACUUUAUUUGAUUUAUUAACUACCCCUAAGUAACACAACAUCAAGGGUUUA